CGUACAGGUACUCGUGGGGUAGUCACGCCGCGCCGAUGAUUACGUUUUACAGCACCUGGGCGUUUAUUACUAUGUCAUCGAGAUGUGUACACAGCGAUAAGAAACCAGGUCAAGAAAGACGGGAAAGCGAGACCAAUCGGAAACCCAGUAUUCGCCAUUUGUGGCGACACACCUGCCUGUAGCCGUGGUGUUGUGGAGCCGUGUGGGAGUUUACCUGUAAAAUGGCGGUACUGACGGCCGUGUGACGACUUCACAGCGAGAUGUGUCGUGUGUUGUGUGUUGUGAUGCGGCGAGUAGCCCACGUGUGCUGUGUGUGCGUGUUGAUGCUGUGCUCAACGCAAGCAUUUUCCUGCAACAAGGACCUGAAAGUGAAGUCAUUCAAAACCAACCUGACAUCCCCGGGAUAUCCCAAAGGUUACGAGCGACCAACGGAAUGCUGGUGGCGACUGGCGGCGGGGGCGGACGACGUCGUGCACGUGCAUGUCGAUGAUGUAGAUCUGGAUCCGUAUCCACCAGGGCUAUACAGACACAGAGUCGUGUUAUACGAUGGAUAUAACGACAGAUUGACGGCCAUACUGGGCGAAGUUGACGUCAACAGUACGUCACUGACGAGCAGCGGAAGGUACUUGUACGUGGUGUUCAUAGCGUCCAGACUGGGAUCAGAGGGCGAACACAGAGGAUUCCUCGUCCAAUACUGGGCAGAACCAGCUGACCUGACUCGGUGUGAGUUCAACCUAACGGCAAACACGGAACACAAAUACCUUAUAUCUCCAGGAUACCCUGGGGGAUAUGCAAACAAUGUGAACUGUACGUGGGUGAUCUGGGCAGAAACAGGCUACAUAGACUACGUCGUCAGGAUCGAAGUGUUAGGCUCCGAGUUGGAAAACAACUGUGCCUAUGACAACGUCUCUGUUUAUGAUGGUCCGACCCGAACACACCGACGCCUGGGAGUGUGGUGUGGUGUGAACAGUCCGGUGUUUGAGGGGUCACAAGACAGCAUGCUCCUCUGGUUUAGAACCGAUUCGUCAUCAACAAAGCGAGGAUUCCAGCUCAAGUACUACAUUCUGAUUGAGGGUACAAUAAAUGAAACAUGUGGACGGAAUCUGAUCGCCUCAUCUUCUGGUGGAUUAAUAAUUUCGCCCGGACACCCAAACCGAUAUCCCAGUAACAUGUACUGUUGGUGGCGGAUCACGACGGAAGAUAGCAAAGCCAAGGUCAGGUUGGAGGUUCUCAACUCGAACAUCGAGUCCAGUUACCACUGUAUGGCCGACUCCGUAGAGGUGUAUGACGGUCCGGACAACUCAACAAAGAGACUGGGAAGUUUCUGCGGGGGUCAGACUCCAACAUACGAAAGUAAAGGGCAGACGAUGUUUGUCGAGUUUAUCACCAACCUCAACAUCAACGACAACGGCUUUAGACUCAAAUACUCAGAGUCGCGGUCCUGUACUCCUGGCUACACGGAAGAUCUAUAUGCUGACUCGCAGUUUCGCUACCUCGAGUCUCCCAACUACCCACAAUACUACCCAAAUAAUUUCGAGUGUGGCUGGCGAAUCAACGUGAACGUGAGCUACUUCGUCGAGCUGGUGGCGCUGACGUUUAAGUUGGAGCGGACGGAUGGCUGCAGCUACGACUACCUCGAAGUGCGCGACGGAGAUUCAAAGAAAGCUCGACUGCUAGGGCGGUUCUGUGGCCUGUCGAAACCUAUCCUGUUCAGCAGCGGACUCCACCUGUACCUCCACUUCAAGAGCGACGGUUCCCAUAGUGACGCUGGCUUCAGAUUCCAGUACCGGGCCACAGACACAAAACAAGCGGACGACACGAGGACUGUGUAUCUGACGACUGUGAUGGUCAGCACGACGUCACUGUUGGUGUUUAUCGCUGUCGCCCUCAUUCUCGUCUUCUGUAUCAUCAAACUCAAACAGAAACACAGGCGGGCCCGCAGACACCAGGCGCCAUCCAGGACCGGCAACACUGGAGAAGAAACCCGCACGGGGAGCCCGUACUCGCGGCAGGAGAGUGAGUUGUUCCACAUUCAGCCGAACUCGUUCGUCGUGUCGCCACCGCCCUACCACCUCGUCGUCAGUGACACGAGGUACGCCCUGCCCCUCGACGACCCCCCUCCCUACCCCGCCGCUGAGUUUGAACUGGUGGACAAAUAUCAGUGGACAGCUACUGCUGGACUCAUUAAGAUGGCAGGGUCUGACACGACACAAUCCAGCGUCCGUGAUUCCAGGGAGAUACGCCAUGAGCACAUAGCUCUGAGUCUGGGAGAUGGCAAUCUGUUGAACACAACAUCGGAAAACAGUGCGCCUGUGGCGCCAUUUGUUGAGCGGAACCGAACAUCAAUGUUGAGUGAUGAGUGUGACGUCACGCAAUCGGUCACGCCACGAGAAGGAGCAGUCAGUGAUUCGAGGCAAAUACAAGUCUUAGAUCAACCCGGAUCUGCUACUGUUAACGCACGUGGUCGUGAGGACAUUCCUGUCGACCAGGACAGAUAUCAGUCACGUGAUGAUACGUCACACAUUGCAAUUGGAGAUACGACAUCCGUCCCAGCUGGUUGUAUUGAAACAUCAGUUUAAAUAAUUCAUCCUUGAAUUUAUGUACUUAAUAUUAGCUACAUUUGAAAACAGUGAUGCUUAGUGAAUAUUCAGUGUAGGCCUAUAUAUGUUUGAGUCAGGGUGGAAUCGUCGAGAGAGAGAGAGAGAGAGAGAGAGAGAGAGAGAGAGAGAGAGAGAGAGAGAGAGAGAGAGAGAGAGAGAGAGAGAGAGAGAGAGAGAGAUACUGACAAGAGAGGGGUGCACGAUAGGGGGAGGAGGGAGGAAAGAGAGGUGUUGGGAAAGAGAGAUCGACGAAGAUAAAAUAAGAGAGAGAGAGAGUCUGAAGGACGACUGUUGAAAGACAGUGCCAGACAUAUAAUAAUAUGUAUACAUAUCAAACUGUUAUCACAUCAUUAAACUGUUUUAUUUGAAUAAAGUCUAUAUAUAUUGGUUAAUUUGCUGAUGCUAGCAAAACGAAGUCAGUUAUUGCUGGUUACCUACAGUUGCGAGUUCGUCAAGUUAAAUCUCAUUUGAACUGACGCAGAACUGGGAUACUGAAAACGUUAAUUGGUUUAUAGUCCAGAUUUAAACAAACACUAUGAGAGUUCUUUCUUGGAAGUCCCUGUAUGUGCACGGCUAUCUUAUGAUUGAACAGAUAAACAAGUAUAAGUACGGAGUGAGAUCGGGGUCUUAUGAUUGAACAGAUAAACAAGUCAUAAGUACGGAGUGAGAUCGAGGUCUUAUGAUUGAACAGAUAAACAAGUCAUAAAUACGGAGUGAGAUCGAGUUCUUAUGAUUGAACAGAUAAACAAGUCAUAAGUACGGAGUGAGAUCGAAGUCUUAUGAUUGAACAGAUAAACAAGUCAUAAGUACGUUGUGAGAUCGAGGUCUUAUGAUUGAACAGAUAAACAAGUCAUAAGUACGGAGUGAGAUUGAGGUCUUAUGAUUGAACAGAUAAACAAGUCGUAAGUACGGAGUGAGAUCAGGGUCUUAUGAUUGAACAGAUAAACAAGUCAUAAGUACGUAGUGAGAUUGAGGUCUCUAGGUUGCACUGUACCAAUAGCACAACGUUCUGUGUCAAAAUGUUAGGUGCACGGUGAACUGUUUAUGGUGUCGUGGGUAGAAAUAUGAUUAUUUGUGUAAAUACCAUUAUUCAUUGCCAAUAAACGAAUACACUUU